CAGCCAUCUCUUCGUCCCCGCUGACCAUGCAGAUUCCGGCAUGCACCAGAACCGACCGCCACUCCGUCUGACGACCAGCGCUGAGGGAUAAAACCUCAUUCCAGUGCUUUCGAGUGCUUCGUCUGCCACUCUUUCCGCUAGUAUUUUGGUUACUCUCGAUUCAAUUCUAGUGCUCAGGAUACAACCCCUGCCAGGUUUAUGACUUUUAAUUUUUUCCAGUAUGAUGAGUUUGCAUAAUUAAUUAUCUCACGAGGGUUUGAGCAGCCAAUUGGCCUUUUGAUUCAUUAGUCUAUAAUAUUUGACUUUGUUUCUUUUCUGAAUUAGUUUUGUUUUUAAUGUUUGGUUAAAUUUGAUUAUCAAUUUGGUGUGAAGUUUGACUCUUUGGCAUUUGGAGCUUCUCUCAGUUAUUGUGUAUUUGGAGCUUCUCUCAGUUCGAUUGCAUUUGUACUGCAAGAAUUCAUCAUCUAUACCCUCACAAUUAUCCUUUUUUGGUUUUGUGCUUUUAAUUGAACCACCAAGUGUAACUUCCACCAUAAAUGUCUUGUGUUCUUCCAAUUCAGCCUUGACCAUAUACACUAGAACUCCUAAUCAUUUUCCCUUUUCAAUGGGAAUACAAGAAGUUCUUCUCAAUACGUUGUCUAAAUUAACCAUGGAAGUUUGCUCUGUCAUGGAACCAAUUAUAAGCCCAUUAUCAGUUCCCAAUCCCCCAUUUGCAGUCUCUCAUGCCUCAACCCAUGAAAUGAAUCCCUCAACAUGCUCCCUCCUUUCUGCAAAAGCCAAAGCAUUUGUUCCUAAAACACAUAUCACCCAACAUCAGGUUCCCACUUUAAGUCUAGUAUCUCCCCAACCGGCUCUCUCUUUCUUGGGUUGUUCAACAUCGGAUACGGAAAGAGAUAACUCUUGGAACAUCUCUAAAGCCUAUGGAUCUGAUUAUGAGCAGCAACAUUGUUUACUGAAAGGACACCUUCCAAUAGAUGACACUUUUGAAUGGGAGACUGAUAUAGAAUCAGAUGAAGAGGAGAGUAAAGGGGGUUGGCAUGCAAAAAAAGAAUCUGUCAAGAAAAGAAACCAAGCAAGAUUUGAAAAGCUCAUAAGCCACAUUCAAGGAGGGGUCAUAAACAAACCAAGAAGAAGUAAGAGACAUGCUCAGCUAAGGACCCAACUCAUUGAUGAAAGGAACCUAGAGUCAUUCAACUUGGAGUAAUUGGCUACCAUCAGACCAAUUUAGUGAUUCAUGCUCUUCUCCAUGAAUUAUUUGACUCUGAAUUCUUAAUUAUUUGGUUCAAUUUAAUGUUUCUUUUUUCCUUAUGGUUCAACUGCAAUCCUGUUCUAAAAACCUCCAUGUAUUGGAAAGCCAUAUGCAUUAGACUCUAGCCCUGUCAGAGUGGGAGUUUUCAUUCAGAAACUUGGACAGAAUCUGUUACAGCCUUGAAGCCUUUGUAUGCACCUUUUGUUCAGGAAUGCAGCGAGCAAGUAGUGAGAAAGCAUAAUUGUGGGGUCUCAGUUUAAGCAUUGAUUGGAGGGGUCUAUGAAAGAACUUGAUUUGGACUUACACACAAGAGUGUUUCUGCACUACAAGGCCAGCAAGAUAGCCAAGAGGAUUUGCUCUUUAUGGGUUCUUAUUGUCCUGCAUAGCUCUUUUUUUCUUUUGGCAUUUAGUUGGUUGUUU